AUGGUGGAGAAUGAUUCAAGGAUCUACACAGGGUCCACCUUAGCCGCCACACAGCCUAGUACGUUAGGAUAUGUGCCCAUACUGCUCUGUAAAAUUCAUUCCCUUCCACCAUACCUGCAGUUUCGUUGGAAGAAAACACUCCAGUACAACCCUAACGUUAUCACCCCACAAACCAGCGUUAUCACCCCACAAACCAACGCUAUCACUCCACAAAACAGCGUUAUCACCCCACAAACCAACGUUAUCACCCCACAAACCAACGUUAUCACCCCACAAACCAACGUUAUCACCCCACAAACCAACGUUAUCACCCCACAAACCAGCGUUAUCACCCCACAAACCAACGUUAUCACCCCACAAACCAGCGUUAUCACCCCACAAACCAGCGUUAUCACCCCACAAACCAGCGUUAUCACCCCACAAACCAACGCUAUCACUCCACAAACCAACGUUAUCACCCCACAAACCAACGUUAUCACUCCACAAACCAGCGUUAUCACCCCACAAACCAACGUUAUCACCCCACAAACCAACGUUAUCACCCCACAAACCAGCGUUAUCACCCCACAAACCAACGUUAUCACUCCACAAACCAGCGUUAUCAUCCCACAAACCAAGGAAGAGGAGGGAGAGGAAGAUGAUGAUGAUGAGGAGGAGGAGGAGGAGGAUGAUGAGGAAGAGGAGGAGGAUGAGUGGGAGGAUGGUGGUGAUACUGAUUAA